AUGGGUAGCAUCGUCGAGAAAACCAGGGAUGGAACCGUCUACAAAGCUGCCACUAACGCGGUGCACCCUGAGCUUGACCUCUUGACGUUUCUCUUUGCUACGCACCCUCGUCAAGUCAACAGCCUCCAUCUUUCGAAACGAGUACGGCAUCGGUGCCAACGGCCCCAACAAAGAUGUCGUCCUCGCCAUCUCCACGGGACACUACCUCCUCCCCUCUCUGUUCUAUUCCACCAUCGCCGCCGGGGCGUCUUCUCCGCCUCCAACCCCGGCUCAACCCCCAAGGAACUCGCCGCCCAGGUCAGCCAAGUAGGCGUCAAAGUCAUCCUCUGCAACGCCGACACCGAAGCCACCGCCGUAGCCGCUGCUAAACUCACCGGUCUUGACUCCCGCAACGUGGUGGUUUACUCCUCCCUCCCCGGCGGCUCUCUCGUCUUGACCCCAACCAACUCUUCCACCCCCCUCACCUCAUCUGGCUCCCUCUCCUGGGCUAAAAUCACCUCCCGUCAUGUCCUCGACAGCUCAAUAAUUUGCCUCCUUUUUUCUUCAGGCACCACCGGCCCCCCGAAAGCGUGUAAACUAUCCCACACCAACAUGGUCGCCGAGGCAGCACUGGUCCUCUCCCCCAACCGAGAUUUUUACACCCGCUUGAACUUGCCGCUGGUGUACCGAACAGUUGCCCACCUCCCUGCCGCGCACAUUGCGGGAAUUCAAGGCUAUUUCGUCAACCCUUUCUACCUAGGGGGAACGGUGUACUGGAUGAGGGGAUUUGAUUUCCCCUUGUUUUUGACUUACAUGAAGAAGUAUCAAGUCACGCACUUCUUUUCUGUCCCCCCGGUUUUCUUGCUGAUUGCAAAGUCGCCGAUGGUGACAGAUCAGCUUGCCACGGUGGAGCAGGCUGUUUCCGGGGCGGCGCCGAUGGGGAGGGAGCUGCAAAUCGCGGCGAAGAAAAAGUUGGGAGGGGGCAGGUUGGGGAAGGGGAGGUUGGUGCAGACUUGGGGUUUGUCGGAGACGACGGGGAGUGUUACUGUUUUGAAUAUGGGGAGCGAGUUUGAGGAUGACGAGAGUGGGAGUGUUUCUGCUUUGGUUGCGGGGAUAGAGGCGAGGAUUGUGGAUGAUGAGGGGCGGGAUGUGGAGGUGGGAAAGGAGGGGGAGAUUUGGGUUAGGGGGCCGAUGAUUACGAAGGGGUAUUGGGAGAAUGAGGAGGCCAAUAGGGAGGGGUUUGCGGAUGGGGGGGUGGGGAGGGAGAGGUGGUUUAGGACGGGGGAUGUGGCUGUUUAUAGGGGAGGUUUGUUCUAUGUGGUGGAUAGGAAGAAGGGCAAUCAAGUCGCGCCUGCGGAGCUGGAGGCGCUGCUGAUCAGCCACCCCAAGAUUUUGGACGCGGCCGUGAUUGGGGUGGAUGAUGAGAAGGAGGGGACCGAGGUGCCGAGGGCAUAUGUGGUUGUGGGGGAUCAAAAGGGGAUUACGGGGCAGGAGAUACAGGAGUGGGUUGCGAAGCAGGUUUCUAGUCAUAAGAAGUUGAGGGGAGGGGUUGUGUUUUUGGCGGCUGUUCCCAAGAGUCCGUCAGGGAAGAUUUUGAGGAAGGAUUUGAGAGCGUUGGCGAAGAAGCAGCAACACGGAGGGAGUAAGUUGUAG